UGGGCCGGGACCUCUGUAAAUGCGAUGUCAAAAAACACGUUAUUCUCGCCCCUCAUUCUACUAACCUAGUACCUACGUCUUAAUAAAAGGGAUUAGUGAUAAACUCAGUGGUAUCAGGAAGUGUGAUGUGAAUAGUCCACAGUCUAACGGUUGGGACCGCCAGUUUGAUGAACUAGAAGCGUUGAACUUCAGAACAAUGACAGGGAACGGCUGAUCAAAUUGUGAUUCAUUGCUAGUAGUGAUAUUGUAUUGUACAUUUCAGCUUGGACUAUCUACGCAUAUCUAUAUAUUAGAUAUUGGACGUGAUACAAAAUAUUAAAUCAAUGCUUCAAGUGAAACUUACAUUUAUUGUAUUAUGUGUGAUUGAGCUAUAUCAAAUACUUUAUUUGUUGUAAAAACAAUUAUUUUUCACGGUUAUACCGCGAUGAGGUAAAUCAUUAUGGGAUGAGAGGAAAUACGGAUUCAUGGAAAAGGUUUGGCGUCGAGUCGGUCUCCAUUCCUCCCGCAAGAAGAGGGAUGGAAGCGGAACUAGCCAGGAAGUAACAGCCACUGUGCCCCAAGAAGCAGAGUACCAAAAUAUUCAUACAUUGAGAACUGCUGAUUUGAUCAGACAACGCCAGGGCGAGGAAAAGUCGACACUACGUUCCUCAUAUAUUAUAAGGAACGGCGAUAAUUUAAUUUUAGUUGAACGACGACGCAGAAGACGCCGUAGAAGUGGAACAAGAGCGUCUUCAGGAGGGAGGCAUCAUACUCCGCCAGUAGAGGAAAAUACUAGAUCGGAACAGAAACGCCGACCUCCUGCUCGUUUGAAGAUCUUCGGAAUACAAUGGCCUUUACAUUCUAGUGAGUCUAGGCAUACGUCAAUCACUCGCCGGUUUUGCCGCGGCAGGCGUUCCCGCGAGGAUAACGAGCUUUACCGCUCAAACAGCUUCAAGUUUGAGAGAUUCACAAGGGAGCCUCCUGCAGAUGAAUUUGCUUCUGGUUCACAGGCUGCUCUAUGUGCUGACUACAGCGUACCUGUGGACUGUGUAGGAGCUGGUCCAGCUCCUCGACCCAGUUCCUUCCACGAAAUCUCUGCACCUAAGGUCGAGUUUAUAGAAGCAUACUGCACACCUCGUGAUACAGCUCGACGGUCGCCACUACGCAGUCGUCGCUCCAGAGAGCCACGCCGCUCACCAGAUACAUACAGAUGGAAACAGGAAUCCCGUCGGUCGAAUUACGAUUUUGACUCGUGUCGCCGACCUUACGAUUACGAGUCGAGACGAGGCCGAGAGUACGACGGAGAUUCCGGAAGGCGUGUUGAAUUCGACGCAGAAUCCGCAAGACGACGUGCCGACUACGAGUCUGCAAGAAGAACAGAUUUCGACUUAUCCGUCCCAGGGGUAUCACGGCGUAGUCCUGAAAGUGCCCCUGAGGGUUCCACGGAAUCUCCCCCAGAGCCGGCGCCAUCUGCGCCUUUAAGACACGAGAGAUCGCGUCACAGAUCACAGCCAUAUUACGAAUCGGAAUCAUCAUCCGAGAAUAGAACAUCAUCCUCAGAAGAAGACGAAGACGAGUUUGGUGAAUUUGAUCCAUUCGCAACAGCACCUUCUCUUCAUUCACCAGAUAGUGGACGGUCGGAUCCUAGAUACGCUAACGCUCCACGGAGAAACCCAAGCCCUUAUUAUUACGGUGACCUAUUCAAGACAGCUCCACCGCCUCCGGCUCCGUCAGCACCAACCAUUUCCACCACAUCAUCAUCUCGCGGACCACGGUACAGAAAAUCUGCUAGCCUAGACGCUCCUCACGUAGCUCCAAGGCCUAAUCUCCCAAAACGGUUCUCUGUAGCGGAAGAUGGUUUCCGUGAGCUAGAGCGGUCAUCGUCUUCGUCAGGUGAGAGCGCGUGGAUGCCGCCGAGGCGCCGUGGGCGCGACGCGGCCGGCUACGCGUGCGCCGCGCCCGACGAUGUAGAGGAGCAUCGAUCUUCUCGCAGCGUUUUUUAUGUGCCGGCGCCGCUGCCACGCUGGCCACAAGAGAUGACCACUCGACAAAUAUAUGAAACUGCUUUCGAUUGUAAAAUUGCCAGAUCUGACGAUGAUUUGGAUGACUUUGAUCGCGUUAGCAAUCAUCCAGCUUUAUUGCAAGCAGAGGAGCGAAAAAUUAUAUCUUCUGCUUCGUCUGCUUUUGAAGCAGUCGAACGAAGUGAACCAGACUUUAAAGGUCGUCGUAAAGUGACAAUGAAAACAGAUAGUGUUAGGCGUUCUAAAAUUCCUACAAUUCGUCAAAAAAGGGAAACUGAUGGUAAUACAUGUGUUUUAUCAGAAGAAUUAGAAAAGAUCCAUAUUGAAGAGGAAGAUCGUGCAUCAACUUCACAAUUGCCUCUUAGAGGUUACACACCAUCGCCACCCUCUACUGCACCUUUACCUGCAAAAUUUCAGAAAGAUGGAUCUGCAAUGAAUAGUAUAAAAAGUGCACCCAAUCUGCCACAAUCACAACCAGCACAUCCCCGUUUGAAAGACUUGCGAUUACCUGUAAAAUCAUUACGAGCUCGAGAAACUCCAACAAGUAGUGAUGCAAGUAUGGCAGAUGUAAAAGGUUCAGUAUCGACGGAACUUGAUAUGGGCCCACGUCUUAGAGAUUCAGGACGAGAGUCCCGUGAUGACGAUGAUGAAAGACAAUCCAAAGACGGUAUUUUUUUAGAGAUUAAGGGCCGACCCACUUCCGAUUCUGACACACCAGAAUUGAAUCGGUAUAAGGGCCCAAAGGGGGUCGGUCCUAUAAUGGAGUUUAAGGGAAGGCCCAGUAUUACUCGUCCUCGACGAAAGUACUCCAGUACCGAAAGCAUGGCUACUAGUAGUAGUGGGGGAAGUAUGGAGUCAUUAAGAAGUAGUAAUAGUGAAGGUGAUAGGAGUAGUAGUAGCUCAGAAAGCCGUCAUUCAUCGUCUUUAAGUUCACAUAGCUCGGAUUCAGGAAAUGUCCCUUUCGCAAAAUCACAUCAUAUGCAGUUAUCGGGGUUUGGGCACCAUCCAACUAAAUUACAUAUUCUUAGCCCCAUAUCUGAUAAAUCUUCACAGGAACCAGGAUCAGAAACUUCUGAUAAUAAUAAAAAUAAUAAUUCUCAAAAAGUAUCACCUGAGGAUGGUGAAAAGGGAAACACGACAAUACAAACUACUUUUGAAAGUAUUGCUAAACCGAAACGCCGCGCUUUACAAAAUAGAAAUCUUCUGAAUCUUACAUUUAGGCAUUCGACAACUGCUGGGGAUGCAGAGAUUCAAGGUUCUGAUAGCGGUAUAUCAAUACAUUCUAGAGAAGGUGUGGAUUCCCGAAAUGCAUUUAUUAAUUUCAAGAGUAAUAACACGGAGGAAACACGAAAAGAUGAAGAUGUAGAUUUUUCUGAUUUACCAUUCGACAUGCCGAAAUUAAGGAGACGACGUGCCGAAGCCGAAGCCGAUUUGCGAUCGUUGCCUUUCGAUAUGCCUAAACUGCGACGAAAAUUACGAGGGCAGUCAUUACAGCUGAACAGUGAUUUUGGCGGAGUUAUUUCAAAUGCUUCCUCUAGUCAAAGUGUUCAAGAUUUAAAUCAAGAUAAUAAGCAUCGAGCUAAAUUGACUUUGAACUUUGACGGUGGUAGUAGUUCUAAAGGAUUGCGUUUGAAUUUAGGACCUAUAGCUCCACCCCGGGACCUUGUAGAUGCUUCUCUUCCACUUGAUAGACAGGGAUGGUACCACGGAACCUUAUCCCGUGUUGAAGCUGAGGGUCUAUUGAGAGAUGCAGACGAAGGUGCAUUUCUUGUCAGAAAUAGCGAGUCUGCGAAACAUGACUAUUCUUUAAGUUUGAAGUCGACUCGUGGUUUUAUGCAUAUGAGGAUUUGCCGUAGUGUUGAAGGUUACACGUUGGGAGGUGCAGCUACGGCAUUUCCCUCAGUUCCUGCCCUCAUGAAACACUAUGUGACAGCUCAAAGACUUCCAGUAAGAGGAGCUGAACAUAUGGCACUUUCCACUCCCUUACAAGCUGUCCUACUAUGAACAUUUUUUGAUGGACUUAUGGAAAAAAUUAGAACCGCAAUGGACUUGCGGAAACCACCCGUUGAUUUGGUUGGUUAUUGAGAAGUUCUGGACAGUUAAGUUUUAGAACACGUCCUGGCGCUUUUUUAAUUUCGAUGGGCGACAGAAGCACAAUGUAUAAGCGAAACAUAGUUUUAUUAUAUGUAUAGCUUUAGAUGACCCAGUAAAUAAUACCAAAGAGUUUAAGAUACACUUGGCGAUGAUUGUGUUGAGAAAGAACACGCUUUUUGUAAAUUUUAACGCUACUUUGCACUGUAGUGCAGAAUGUUAUAUGUAUAUGCUAGUCCAACACCGCAGCAACCUGUAUAGAUGACGUAUUAUUUAUUACCAAUAUAAUCAUAUUAAAUGUUUAUUUCAUGAUAAUAAUAACCUAUAUAUUAAUAUUGAUAUCUAUUUCUGUUUAGUACUUACGCUUGGCAUUACUCAUUCAUUAUUUAUCUUAGAGUAUUAUCAUCAGUGUAAUAAUUUUUAAUUAAUCAGUGUUACUGCAAUAUGGACUAAGAAUGACGCAGAUGAUAAAGUAAAUAAACCUAUAUUAUAAUCUUGAAUAGCGCACUCUGAUAUUUCUUAUGAAUCACCAAAACUAAAUGGACUUGAUUUAUUUUCGACUGUAUAAUAUAAUUGUUAAUUAUUUUUAAUACUUGGCCUAAGUAAAUUUUUGUAAUCAUACAGUCCAAUAUAAAGUUUCUUGUUUCCUACAUUUGUGAGUCAGUUGAAAGAAAAGUUUCAAUAAAAACAUAUAUUAUGCUUAAACAUAU